AUGAAUGUCAGCUGCGCUUGCUGGAUCAGAAUUGAUCAGCAACUGAGCAAGCAAAGACGAGAACAACCUGAUUGGCAACUUUUCUUGGAGGCAAGCCAUAAACUGACCAUGAAAGAGCUGUUCCGCCGUAUUGAACCUGGAGAGGAGGUGCCCCCUCCGCCUCCGGAGGUCCAGGAAUGGGCCGCAACCAGCACAGCGGGGGUGCUCGCAGGGGCCGUGUUUGGUGGUGUGCGUGAGGCGUUGGCCCCAAAGGAGAGUCAUUUUGUGCCGCCGCCCCGAGCCGACAGCGGGGCGCACGCCAGCACAACCGGCUACGAGUUUGGCAAUCAGGACGGCAUCCGGGCCGCCGAGAAGCGAGUCCCGAACUACAAGCGCCACCUGAUGGAGCGGAGGUUUCUGAAGAUCACGAGAGGGGCAUUGCGCUCGGGAGUGCGGGUUGGGGGCUUCGUGGCGCUGUAUUCCGGGAUCCAGCAAGGCAUGAUUGCGUAUCGAGAAAAGUCGGACGUUUGGGACAGCAUGGCUGCGGGGGCGAUCGCUUGCGGAGCAGCGGGUCUGGCACUGCCGGGUCCGGGGGUGACCCUUCCUUUACGUUUGCGAGCGGCUGCCGCUUCGUCUGCCGUUGGCGCUGCUCUAUGUCUUCCUUUAGGUUUGUUACGAGGGAUGAUCGACAGAUCUAGCAUUUUUGAGGCCGAGCAGAGUCAAAGGGUUCGGCCGCCAAGUGAAUACGAAGAUGACACGGAUAAAGUCACGGAAGCCAUUGCGAGGUUAGAAAGGUCGUUGCAACAUAAACCAGCCUGAAAGGCCAUGACGUUGUUGGCCGCAUACAACCUUUAUGUUGGAACGAAGAGAAAUGCAAGAGCAUUUUGCACAUUGUGUUCUCCGCCAACAUACUGCCACGGUUGACUACU